AUGCUUAGAACUACACUCGUUUCAACUUUGUCCCUUCUUACAUUGUGGGGUUCAGUCAAAGCGGCUGAUACAACUGUCACGAGCACAACUACCUACGAUGUUAUUGCAAGAAUUCCAGUGACUGAGUAUGUCUGGACGAACUCUGCAGGUUCCCUCACAUCCACUCAGAUCACCGGUACUGCCACUUACGUUCCAGCUUACGAAACUGAUUUGUCUUCCACUGUGACAAGUUCAACUGAGCCACCUCAAGUCACAUCUAGCGUCCCACAUGAAGAGUCAGCCUCCUUCUCCUCCGCUCAGAUUGAUUCUUCUCUUUCUGUGGCAUCUGUUACUGACCUGUCUACUGCUCCAUCUGUGACUAGUGGCCCUGUGGUGUCCCAAUCUCCAAUCCCAUCUGGUCAUUACUUCUCCACAGGAUCUUCUACUCUCACAACUACUUUGAAAGAUGGAAGCUCUGCUGUUAUUGAGUAUGCCAUUUUGUACACCAACGUGUGCACAGCAUCCGACUACUAG